CGGGAGCUCGGCUACUACGAAACCAACAGAGGCUGCUCACCAUAGAGGGGGACGAAGUAGAAAGCAUGAGUUCAUGCAGCACAGAUGUUAAGGAAAAUCGGAACUUGGACAACCUCUUCUCCAAAGAGGGGGUUGCAACUGAGGCUGCUCAACUCCCCAAUGGGAGUGCUGGGGGUGGGAGGAAACGUCCCUUAGAGGAGGGAAAUAAUGGGCACACACAUUCCAAGUACAAGCCCAAGAAGCGUAAGAAAGUCCCGGGGCCGGUUCUGCCUAAGAAUGCCCUGAUGCAGCUGAAUGAGAUCAAGCCCGGGCUGCAGUACAAACUGCUCUCUCAGACCGGGCCGGUCCAUGCGCCCGUCUUUGUGAUGACUGUGGAGGUCAACGGGCAGCUCUUCGAGGGUUCGGGUCCAACCAAGAAGAAGGCCAAGCUAAACGCAGCAGAGAAGGCCCUGCGCUCUUUCGUCCAGUUCCCCAACGCGUCUGAAGCCCACAUGGCCAUGGGCCGGACUCUGUCUGUUCACACGGACUUCACCUCAGACCAGGCAGACUUUCCGGACAUGCUCUUUAAUGCCUUUGAGACAUCCACUCCUGUAGAUGACCCCUUUUACCUUGCCUCCAACAGUAACGGUUCCUUCAGCUCACUGGGAAUAGAGUACCCGUUGCUACCCUCCCCUCUGCCAAACCAGGUCCAGGCCCCCUUACCUCAAGCCUCCUCCACCUUCUUCUCCCCUGCAAGCGGCAAGAAUCCCGUCAUGAUCCUCAAUGAGUUGCGGCCGGGCCUCAAGUAUGACUUUGUGUCGGAGAGCGGGGAGAGCCAUGCCAAGAACUUUGUUAUGUCGGUGACGGUAGAUGGUCAGAAGUUCCAGGGUUCUGGACGGAACAAGAAGCUGGCCAAGGCUCGGGCUGCCCAGGCUGCUCUGUCUGCUCUGUUUAACAUGCAGCUGGACCAGGAUCCGUCAAGACAGCCUAUACCCAGAGAAGGGCUGCAGCUUCACCUGCCACAGGUGCUGGCAGAUGCCGUCUCUCGUCUGGUGGUUGACAAGUUCAGCGAGCUGACGGAAAACUUCACGUCUCCGCAUGCUCGACGGAAAGUAUUGGCAGGCGUCGUCAUGACAACAGGUACCGAUGUGAAGGAGGCUGAGGUCAUCUGCGUAUCCACAGGGACAAAGUGCAUCAAUGGUGAAUACAUGAGCGAUAGAGGUUUGGCCCUCAAUGACUGCCAUGCUGAGAUUGUGGCUCGUCGGUCGCUCAUCAGGUACCUGUACUCCCAACUGGAGCAUUUCCUCAGUAACCAUGAAGAGGAGCAGCAGAAAUCCAUAUUUACCAGGUGUGACAACAGACAAGGCUUCAGACUGAAAGAAAACGUCCAGUUCCACCUGUACAUCAGUACCUCCCCCUGUGGAGACGCCCGCAUCUUCUCUCCUCAUGAAGCUGGAGUGGAGGAUCAGGGAGAUAGACACCCAAACAGAAAGGCCCGCGGGCAGCUCCGCACUAAAAUUGAGUCUGGUGAAGGAACAAUCCCAGUGCGCUCCAGUAACACCAUUCAGACGUGGGACGGGGUUCUUCAGGGUGAGAGGUUGCUCACCAUGUCCUGCAGCGAUAAGAUCGCCAGGUGGAAUGUGGUUGGAUUACAAGGCUCUUUGAUGAGCUACUUCACUGAGCCCAUCUACUUCUCCAGCAUCAUUCUGGGCAGCUUGUACCACGCCGACCACCUCUCCAGAGCCAUGUAUCAGAGGAUUACUGAGAUCGAGGACCUGCCGCAGUCCUUCAGCUUGAACAGACCGCUGCUCAGUGGAAUAAGUAACGCAGAGGCUCGUCAGCCUGGAAAAGCACCCAACUUCAGUGUGAACUGGACAGUGGGAGACCAAGGCCUAGAGGUGAUCAAUGCCACCACAGGGAAAGACGAUCUGGGUCGAGCCUCCAGGCUCUGUAAACACGCUCUCUACAGCCGCUGGAUGCGCCUGCACAGCAAGCUCUCCUCCACCCUGCGGAUCAGAACCGUGAGGCCCAGCAGCUACCACGAGGCCAAGCAGGCGGCGGUGGAGUACCACAGCACCAAGCAGGCGCUCUUCAGAGCCUUCCACAAAGCCGGACUGGGCGCCUGGGUUAAGAAACCUAUUGAGCAGGACCAGUUUGCACUCCCCACCUGAGUUAGCGCUGGGCUGGUGAUGCUGUUGGUGGGGGUCUUUUGACAGAAAACGUGUCAACCUGCACGCUUUCCUUUCUGAAACCGUUUCGGUCAGUUUCAGUGGUGGAAACGUUUCCCUUUGGAUUGUCGCGGAGUGGACUGUGUGUUACCGGGAGGAAAGACGCACCUAAUCCAGAUGUCAGAAUCCAUGGCUUUAACGUUCCUCCUUAUUUUUUUAUAGCCUCAUGCUACUCUCAACCAGCACUACACAUUGAAAAAAAGAUUAUUAAAUCAGUUAUGCAACUUUAUACAAAGGACAAAUGUAAAAGGAGACGUUGGGAAUGGAAACUUGUGUACAGCAUUGUUAGUUACCAUGGCAGGUGUUUCUGUACAGUAAGAAUAGUGAUAUCUUCAUUUUGCAUGUAUGAUUAUACCAAAUUCAUACAGUAGGAAAUCUACAGUAAAAGGUUUGUUAUCAUGUUCAGUAUUGUGAUCUCAAAUCAUCAGUGUUGUGAUAACUUUAGGAUGUCCUCCUGCAGUUUGGUAACGGAUGUUUAUCUGCUCUGUUGCGGUUCUUUGACAGCAACCUUAAGUUCACUUGGAUAUUUCCUCUUAGUUUUAAGGUAAAAUGACUGAAAUACUUAAAGUUGGGGUAUGCAAUUUCUUUCAGAAGCAUUUUUGUUAGAUUUGUUGAAAUUCUUUUUACAUCCCGACAGCAAUCAAUGAAUCAAAUGCUCUGACACAUAAAUGAAAAGAAUAAAAAAAAUCCGUUAUCUGUGGCAGGACUAUUAAUAAGCAUGGCCAAUCAGUGUCAUUCAAGUUUCACGAACACUCAUGCUCAGGUGUAAAGCUGCAUUGAAGUGUUGCUGAUGUCAGCAAGAACGCUGUUGUCCCAGUUGCAAAUUAACCUUCUGACUUCACCUUGCUAAGUCCCAUGAAGUUCAAACUUGACGUCCCCUGAAUUAUGUAACUCUUGCCGAGCAGAAGCUAUUGUAGCUACAAGUGACAAUUAUGAGAUGAUGGUAAAUACUAAAAUGUAUUAGUAGCGCACUGACUCAGCAAGUUUGCCACCUUUAGACACUUGGUCAGACCUGACCAAGUACAGUCAGGCUGUAGAGGCAAAACCCCAGAGUGUUGAGUGGUAUUGGAUUGGACAAGGGUUUAUUUUAUUGCUUAAGGGUUCAGUUUUCAUUCAUAAAAUGAAGAUUGUGUCCUUUUAAAAGUUACCUAGUCUCAUUUAAAGUGAUGGUAAUGACAUUAUGAUUAUCAAUGUCGCAUUAAGGUGGUUUAAAGGAAGCUACUGAGACCCUAGCCCUGUGUGUUGCCAAUACAUCAGAGUUUUUCAAUGAUGUGAUUUGAAUGUAAUGGUAAUACUUGAGAGGCACAAACAGUGGCUUCUGAGAUCCAAACACCAACAGAAAUUGUGACUGUGCUUUGAAAGACAAGCUUGGACUUUUAAUUACAAUUAAAUACAAUCAUAUGUCACUUGCAGCCAGAGAGAGGUGAAUUAUGAAUCACUUUGCUGAUUCAAAUGAUUUCGUCCGGUAAUUUGUUAAUUUCAAACAUCUCUCCUAAUAUGAUCCCCGCUGCACCAGAUUAGGGUAACUAACCCUUAUGCACGUGAAUCUCUCCUGCAUAUUCAGCAACUACAGUAAACCCAAAUCCCAGAACCCAGACCCUGCUAGCGUUGCUGCAGUUAACACUUCAGUCACAUUUACCACCAGUAAAAGCUCACCAAAGAUGAUGUCAGCAUCAACUUUUUACAUUUUUAUUUUCACUGUUGUUUUCCACAAAUUCAAAUGUUUGUUUUUAUUACUGUAAUCUGCCUCUACAAAGUGUUUGUGACGGUGUGUGACGUGUGAUGUUCAACUCUUUCAAACCAAACAAGACAGAAUCCCAAAUCACCUGUUUUCUAUAAACCAAAUGUACAUUUUAACUUUCAAAUAUGUUUUUAAUUUUCUAAACUCUUUGUUUUGCUGCCGCCGUCCUCUGGAUGUAAAGCCUCAAACACACAUUGGGCACAUUGAACUAACUUACUUCUGAUGUAGGUUGAGUUAUUUUCUUAAUAUAUUUGAAUGUGUAUCCUUCCGCUUCUGUUUAAUUGCUGAAAACAUGUCUUAACUUUGAGCACGUGCAGACCUGUUCCCGUCUCAGUGUACCUGGCUCCAUGCUCGGCCUCUCACGGUUUUUGGAUGCUGAUAAUAUUUCCACAGGAUAUGCACUUUUUCGAAAAGGGAAACGAUUCAUGUUUUUCAUGGACUUUGAGGAGAAGUGAAUGGAUCAGUUUUAAAAGAUGGCCCUCUGUAUGUUGAUCCUCCCUGUCCAUAUGUUGGUGAGCUUCUGCAGUUCUGAUGGGUUCAUGCACUACGUCAUUGAUUUGCCCUGUAAAAGACUGUGGGGCCUAAUGCAUGAGCUCUACAUGUAAAGCAUGAAAACCAUAAAUAUAAAAUAUGUAGAAACUGUGUCAAGUCACUGAGCCUAGAGCUUUAAUAAAAUGCUAUUAUAGUUGU